AUGGAUAAAUUUAAGGCUGCACUUGUUCUGGCUGGGGUAGGGGAUGCUCUCGGUUAUCGCAAUUUCUCCCGCGAAAACAAUGCCUUAGGAGCAAAAAUCCAGCAGGAGCUGAAGGAAAUCGGAGGGCUCGAGAACCUGGUGCUGUCUCCUGACAAGUGGCCAGUAAGUGACAACACGCUCAUGCACAUGGCUACAGCUGAGGCUGUCAUCACAGAUUACUGGUGUUUGGAGGACCUGUACCGCGAGCUGGUGAAGCGCUACGUGGAUGCUGUGGAGAAGCUCUCGGGCCGGCGGCCAGACCCCGCCACCAUCGAGGGCUGCAGGGAGCUAAAGCCAGACAACCACCUCCUGGCCUGGCACACACCCUUCAAUGAAAAGGGUUCUGGAUUUGGAGCCUCCACAAAAGCCAUGUGUUUAGGGAUGCGAUACUGGAAGCCAGAAAGGCUGGAGUCGCUCAUUGAAGUGAGCAUUGAGUGUGGACGAAUGACUCACAACCAUCCCACAGGUUUCCUAGGGUCCCUUUGCACAGCUCUCUUUGUGUCAUAUGCAAUACAAGGGAAACCCCUUGCUCAGUGGGGCAGAGAAAUGAUGAAGGUUGUGCCUAUGGCUGAAGAAUACUGUAAGAAGACCAUUCGUCACAUGGCAGAAUAUCAAGAGCACUGGUUUUACUUUGAAGCCAAGUGGCAGUUUUAUUUGGAGGAGAGAGAAAUCAAUGAGGAAAAUCAGAAUCAACCUGUCUUUCCAGCCAACUAUGAUGCAGAGGAGAGAGAAAAGACGUACCGGCGCUGGAGCUCCGAAGGCCGGGGGGGACGGCGAGGCCACGACGCCCCCAUGAUCGCCUACGAUGCCCUGAUGGGCUGUGGGGGGGACUGGACAGAGCUCUGCAACCGCUCCAUGUUCCACGGAGGGGAGAGCGCGGCCACGGGCUCCAUCGCGGGCUGCCUGUUCGGCCUGGUCUACGGCCUGAGCAAGGUGCCCAAGGGCUUGUACCAGGACCUGGAACAACGGGAGAGGCUCGAGUUCUUGGGCGAGAACCUUUACCGGCUCUCCAUGGAGGAAAAGUAA